UCUCUCUCUCUCAAAUCUCAACUCACAUCACUCAGCUUCAUCUCUCUCACAAGCAUACAAACACACAAAAACUUAGCGUUUCCCAAACGUUGUUUCCGAUCUCUGCGUUUCCCGUUCGCGUUUUCCGACAAUGAUGGCUCUCCAAGCCGCCACUUCCAUGUUCUGUUUCUCCGGUCCAACUCUCCGAUCAAACUCACUCACUUCGAGCCGUCGUAGUAUCUCCAUCAAAGCCUCUUCUUCAAAACUCUCGAAUUCACGAUCUAAUCUCCUCAAAGGAAGAGCAUUGUCUAGUAGUGAUGGUUCAACACAAGAGUCACCUGAUGUGGUUUGUUUUGGGGAAAUGCUGAUUGAUUUUGUACCAACGACUAGUGGGCUUUCAUUAGCCGAUGCACCGGCUUUUAAAAAGGCUCCAGGUGGUGCACCUGCUAAUGUAGCUGUUGGUAUAGCUCGUCUUGGUGGUUCUUCAGCUUUCAUUGGGAAGGUUGGUGAAGAUGAGUUUGGUUACAUGCUUGCGAGUAUUUUGAAAGAUAACAAUGUGAAUAAUGAAGGUAUGAGGUUUGAUCCUGGAGCUAGAACUGCUUUAGCUUUUGUGACAUUGACUAGUGAAGGUGAAAGGGAGUUUAUGUUUUAUCGAAACCCGAGUGCUGAUAUGUUGUUAGAAGAGUCUGAGCUUGAUCUUGAUUUGAUUAAAAAGGCGAAGAUAUUUCAUUACGGUUCGAUUAGUCUUAUCACAGAACCGUGCAAGUCUGCACAUAUAGCUGCUGCAAAGGCUGCUAAGGAAGCUGGUGUUCUUCUUUCCUAUGAUCCAAACCUUAGGCUACCAUUGUGGCCUUCUCCAGACAAUGCUAGAGAUGAGAUUUUGAGUAUUUGGGACACUGCUGAUAUUAUAAAGAUAAGUGAAGAGGAGAUCGUCUUUCUAACGAAAGGAGAAGAUCCAUAUGAUGAUAAUGUCGUCCGCAAGUUGUUUCAUCCUAAGCUUAAACUACUCCUUGUCACUGAAGGCCCUGAAGGCUGUCGGUACUACACCAAGGAUUUUAAUGGGAGAGUGCAUGGAUUGAAGGUGGAUGUAGUGGACACAACAGGUGCUGGGGAUGCAUUUGUUGCCGGGAUACUUUCACAACUAGCCAAUGAUCUGUCCUUGCUUCAGGACGAAGAACGACUGAAAGAGGCUUUAAUGUUUGCGAAUGCUUGCGGGGCGUUAACCGUUAAACAGAGAGGCGCAAUCCCGGCCCUUCCCACGAAAGAAGCUGUACAUGAGGCUCUACUCCAAUCUGUUGUUUAAACAUUCAGUAACACCACCAAAGAAACAGAUUUUGCAGGUUUGCAUUUUGUUGUUGUAAAAUUGUUGUAUAAUGUAACUUUGUAUUCUAGUAGCUGUAGAGGUAAUAAGUCUUUGAAAUAAUUUCAUAGUUCUUGAGCCAA